UGAUAUGCCGUACUCGCCCCUCCUAUUGUUGCUUCCUGCACAAACACACGUGGAUUCUCCUGCUGCCAAGCAUAGAAACAACAAUACAAAUGGCAAACCAGGGACUCUCUUACGAGGGGUGCAAUUUUUUAAGACAGCGGCUAGUUUUGUCAACACUUAGUGGGAAACGUGUCAGAAUUAAGAACAUACGAUCUAAAGAGGACGACCCAGGGCUGCGCGACUUUGAAGCAAGCUUCAUCAGACUUCUUGAUAAAGUGACCAAUGGCUCAAGAAUAGAAAUUAAUCAAACAGGAACUGUGCUAUCCUACCAGCCUGGAUUGUUGUAUGGCGGCUCUAUAGAGCACGACUGCAAUCCUCAACGCUCCAUUGGAUACUAUCUUGAAGCUUUACUCAUGUUGGCUCCUUUCAUGAAGAUGGCUCUGAAGGCAACUCUCAGAGGAGUUACUAACGACCCCAAUGAUCCAACGAUUGACCUGCUGAAGACCACGGCUGUCCCUCUGAUGAAAAGAUUUGGAAUUGAUGGGGAGGGAUUUGAUCUCAGGGUGGUGAAAAGAGGGAUGGCACCUGGUGGUGGAGGAGAGGUGGUUUUGUCUUGCCCCAUCCGCAGAACUCUCAAACCGGUCCAGUUGACAGAGCAAGCCAAGAUCAAGAGGAUUAGAGGAGUGGCAUAUUCUGUGCGAGUUUCUCCUCAGAUGGCCAACAGGAUUGUAGAGUCAACCAGGGCUGUCCUCAACCAGUUCAUACCAGACAUCUAUAUUUACACAGACCACAUGAAAGGAGCAAACUCUGGCAAGUCUCCAGGCUUUGGUUUGACACUUGUGGCCGAAACCCAGAAUGGCUGCUUUCUCGGUGCGGAGAUGUCUUCAACUCCACAGGGGCAAGGAGACCCCAUACUGCCAGAAGACCUUGGCAGAAACUGUGCCAAGUUGCUCUUGGAAGAGAUAUACCGGGGCGGCUGUGUGGAUUCGUCCAAUCAGAGCCUGGCGCUGCUCCUCAUGACCCUUGGCCAACAGGAUGUAUCAAAGGUUCUGCUCGGACCCCUGUCAGCAUACACGAUUGAGUUCCUAAGACACGUCAGGGAUUUCUUCCAGGUUAUGUUCAAGAUUGAAGUCCAGAAGCCGCUAGAAGAUGAAAGGAAAAGUGGAGACAAAGUUCUGAUGACCUGUGUUGGAGUCGGUUACAGCAACAUCAACAAAACUAUUAAAUGAUUUUUUUAUACAACUGCUA